UUCAUACCCAUCCAGAUAUUUUAAAUUAAAAAAAAGAGACUAACAUAUUUUCAUCUAAAAUUCCGACGUCGAAAAGGUCGAUUUCCGUUCCCAACUGGAGUUUUUUUAAUUAACCGACAAACAUCGUUACGAAAUUAAUUGUAAGCAGCCGCGAUAAUAUCCCAGUGUUCCCAAGCGAGUUGUAAUCGCGAGGCAGUCCACUUAUCGCCUCAAUUACAGGAAUGCUCGAAUUAUCUAUGAGCUGGUGUUUCGACGAACGCGAGAAAAAGUCGAGGGAAACGGUCGUUGAAAGAACAUCGCGACAGUUUAACGUGACUCAUGUUCCGUGGCUUAUGCAUUCCUCUUCGAUGUCAUAAUCUCGUCGCUUCUUCCAGUCGCGGGAAAAUGUUCGUUCUCGUUUUACGCGUGUUUGUUUCCUCCGUUCCGUUCCAUUACUCUAGUCUCGAUUUUAUGUGGAGAAAAACCCUAUCUUUCUAGUUCACUCGCUGCAAGCGCAAGUUUUUGUUCGUUGAAAAGUGGAACGUGGAGUGACAGGUGACACGAUAUCUAUUGCGACGAUUAGAGUUUUAUAGGAUGACUGCCUUGAGGUCAUUGCUGACCGGUAGUUCGGUGGAGGAAACGUUGGGUCACGUGUUCCGUGGUCGAAGGAGGAUCGAUCGUAGCGAGGUAUCGAGCGUCAGUGCGCGGCUGAACGAGGAUCGAUCGAGGCAGGUGGAUCAUCGCGUGGCUCGUGCGGGUCAGGGCGUGUCGUUCGCGUUCAACAAACCGAUACAAUCCGCUUUCCGUGACUGCAAACGUCAAGGAAACACAGUGCAGAAGGAAUUACGGUGUUCACGGUACACCGACAACUCGUGCUCUACGCUCCCGACAAUCCGAUAUCGAACGAUUCGAAUCUUACGAUCGAACGUCAAGAUUAUUGAACGGUUCAAGUGAAGUGUCUUAUCAUUGUUUAUUUAUUCCGAUUUG